CAUUUAGAUACACGAUUCAAUUCUAUCAGACACAAAUAAAAAUGGAGGUUCUGUAGUACAGAUUUCAAGAAAACAAUUUCAGUAACUUGAAGUAAAAUAUUAAUGAUAACAGAAGCUUUAUAAAGUGAAAAACGGUUUCAUGGUCAUAAAAAUUGCAGAAGUUCAACGGGUGCGAAUACGUGGUGUGUUAACAAAAGUCGUGUUUGACAAAUAACAGGUUGUUGGAGACACCGAUUUCGCUGCACUUAGUGUUAUUUUUGUCUUUAAUGAGAUUAUUUUAUUUGCAUUAACGUGUGCUUACCGGUGGCUAAUUCGUCCGUUGAAGCGUUUACCGAGGAGUUAUACUGAAGAAACGAGAAGAGAGUUCCAAGAGACCAUUCCAAUUAAUCAGCAUGUGACCCAAAUCUAAGAUUUCUCUUCUUUGUGUACUACGGGUCCGAGCAUUUUACAAAUAGAGAGGCACCAGGAUAUCAAACAAGCAACGUAGCAACGCCGUAAGAGACCAGUAUUUGUCGGGACAUGACAUUUUAUGGAUCUGUCACGGUUGAGUACAGCUCUCUGGGGGUCAGGUGCAAGAAACCCGCUUUUCGGCAAUAUUGUCUAAAUACAACAUAAAUGCACGCUCGGACUUUACUGCAGUCAAUCUUUUUGCGAUUAUAAGUGCUCAUACCAGAAAAAUAAAUAUCUUGUGUUGUUUAAAUGCCCAUUCGCAUGUUUGUGUGUGCUCAACAAAUGUACAGUGGAAGUGCAAAAUGAGGAUCAAGGAUUCACCGCUGACAUCAAGCUGCCAGCAUUAGGAUGCCACAGGAUGGCUCACGCAGAAAAUCACAGAUACAUUGUGCAGGUGUUUGUGGGUGCACUCUCAGCACAAUAUGAGGCUCUGUCCGUGGAAGCGUCCAAACAGACCAGCUCCGAUGAGAUAGUUUGUUGCAUUGCUGACAAACUAAACUUAAACAAUGGCUCGGGAGGACCAUAUGAACUGGCAGAGGUGGUGGGAGACGUGGUCAGCGGCGAGUGCAAGGAGCGCAGGCUCGGGCCCAACGAGUCGCCCGUGGCCGUCAUGCUGCUGUGGCCUAACAGCACCUCCGGACAGUACUAUAGGUUCUACCUGCGUGAGAAAAUACCAGACGAACCGUGGAUGGAGAACUUUUCGGUCGACCCGCAGCUAAUAAAAGACUACUUCCAGAGGUUUCUGUAUCAGCCGAAAGACCGCGAAUAUCCAGACCUAUGCCAGCUACCGGAACUAAAUGAACAGACUCUAUUGGAUAACUUGCGAGCGAGAUUUGCCGCCGGAUACAUUUACACAUACGUCGGUUCUAUAUUAAUAGCUCUCAACCCUUUCAAAUUCUAUCCUAUCUACAACCCGAAGUAUGUGAAGCUAUACCAGAAUAAGAGGAUAGGGUCAAGUCUUCCGCCGCACAUUUUCGCGGUCGCUGACGCGGCUUACCAUCAUAUGGUCCGCGAGAGAAACAACCAGUGCAUAGUGAUCAGUGGAGAAAGUGGUUCCGGGAAAACAGAGAGUACGAAUUUCCUGUUGCAUCAUUUGACGGCGCUCAGUCAGAAGGGUUCGCACGGCAGCGGCGUCGAGCAAACGAUACUAAGCGCAGGGCCGGUGUUAGAGGCGUUCGGAAACGCUAAAACUGCCCACAAUAACAACUCCAGUCGUUUCGGGAAGUUCAUCCAAGUAAAUUACAAGGAGAAUGGCAUGGUUCAUGGAGCUGUUGUGCAAAAGUAUCUGCUGGAGAAGUCGAGGAUAUGCAGUCAGGGGCGCAACGAGCGGAAUUACCAUGUGUUUUACUACUUGUUGGCGGGUGCAUCGGAGCAGGAAAGAGAGCAACUGCAUUUGCUCAGUGUGGACAAGUACCACUACUUGUCGCGCACGGGCUGCAGCGUGGUGCCGGGUGUGGACGAGCAGUACGAGUUCUCGCGCCUCAAGCAGUCCAUGGAGAUGGUUGGCUUUACCAUGGACAAACAGAGGAGGCUCUUCGCAGUUCUAUCUGCAGUUCUACUUUUAGGCAACGUCGAGUUCCAACCUCAACGCAAAUCAUAUCACCACGACGAGGCGGUGGGCGUGCGCAACCCCGAGGUGGUGUCGCUGAUCUCGUCGCUGCUGCGCGUCAAGCAGGAGACCUUGCUGGCCGCGCUCACGUCCAAGCGCGCGCGCGCCUCGGGCGAGACGCUCGUCAUCAACUACAGAAUGGGAGAAGCUAUAGCGACUCGCGACGCAAUGGCCAAGUGCCUGUACGGAGCGCUGUUCGACUGGAUCGUCAUGCAGGUCAACCACGCGCUGCUCUCCAAGAAGGAUACGCUGCGGGACCACCAGGGCCACAGUAUCGGCGUGCUAGACAUAUUCGGUUUUGAAGACUUCGGCCCCAGUAACAGCUUCGAGCAGCUCUGUAUCAACUACGCGAACGAGCACCUGCAGUACUACUUCAACCAGCACGUGUUCAAAUACGAACAGGAGGAGUACCGGCGGGAGGGCAUCCGGUGGACGGACAUCGGCUUCUCGGACAACACGGGCUGCCUGCAGCUCAUCGAGGGCAAGCCGGGCGGCCUGCUGUGCGUGCUGGACGACCAGUGCAAUUUCCCCUGGGCGACGAACGACACGCUACUACAAAAGUUCAACUCCGUGCACGAAGACAACCCGUUCUAUGAGAAGCCGCAGCGGAGGGAACCGGCGUUCGUAGUGCGGCAUUACGCCGGCCGGGUCAAAUACCAGGCGACGGCGAUGCGCGAAAAGAACCUGGACUUAAUGCGGCAAGAUAUCGUGAGCGUGUUAAAGAACUCAUCCCUCGCGUUCGUUCGUGAGUUGGUCGGUGUGGACCCGGUCGCUGUGUUCCGCUGGGCCAUCGUUCGUGCCUUUUUCAGAGGGUACUUCGCGUUCCUGGAGGCGGGGCGGCGCCACCGCGGGCUGCGCGGCGACGGCGCCGCCAGGGCGCUGCCGCGCGGCUCGCUGCAGCACCACGACGGCCUGCUGGGAGGCAACCUAACAUCACUAGAGGCGGGGAAGCACAGGCGAGACUCGCGGCCGCGCGGCUCGCUCGCCUCCUCUGACCUUCUCGGCACGCCGCGCGCGCCCGCCGUCGCUCGUGCCACGGACGCGCGGCGCGCCGAGCCGCCGCCGAGACUCGGGGGGAAAGGGACAAAACAUUACAGACUCGCCGAAACCCGCACCCGCCGCCUCGAGCGCGAGCGGGACGAGCGCACGUUUGACGACACCGACGUCAUGCAGCGCGCCAGCCAGAUCGUUAUGAAAUACAAGUCGUUCAGGCCGCGCGAGCGCGCCAAGAAGGGGCUCAAGAACCUGCAGUCCGUGAAGACCGUCGCGGGCCGGACGGCGGCGCUGGCCGGCAAGAGGAAGCAGCCGCUCACCGUGGCCGCGCAGUUCCAGCACUCGCUCGCCGCGCUCAUGGAGACGCUCAACCAGGCCAACCCCUUCUUCAUCAGAUGCAUCAAGUCAAACAGCGACAAAGUCCCAAAUGUGUUCGACGAGGAAACUGUCCAACGUCAACUGCGAUACACGGGCAUGCUGGAGACGGUGCGGAUCCGGCAGGCCGGAUACAAUGUCCGGCUCACCUAUGAAGAAUUCAUACAAUUGUACCGGAUACUGCUGCCGAAGGGACUGCUCAGCUCGCAGAUUGAUGUUAGGCACUUUCUGGCCAAGUUGAACUUGGAUAGGGAUAAUUAUCAGCUCGGUGCGACGAAAAUCUUCAUGCGCGAGAGCGAGCAGACGAAGCUGGAGUAUAAGCUGCACCAGCAGAUCAUGGCGUCCAUCAUCACCAUCCAGCGCUGGUUCCGCGCCGUGCUGGAGCGCCACCGCUUCCUCGCGCUGCGCCGCGCCAGCCUGCUCAUCCAGGGCGCCUGCAGACAAUGGCUCCAAGCGCGGCACGAGGCCGCAACGAAGGUGCAAGCGUUCUUCCGCGGCAGCCGCGUGCGGCGCUGGUACGUGCGCCUGCGGGACGCCGUGGUGGCGUUCCAGGCCGCCUCGCGCGGCUGCCUGCUGCGCCGGCGCCUGCCCGACCGCCGGAGGCUGCCCGCACCCGCACCCGCACCCGCACCCGCUAAUGAGCAUGACAGAAAAGCGCCAAUCGUGUCGGAGACCGACGGCUUCAGCAAACGGCAAAGCAUCGACCAAAUUAGGAAUAUUAUUGAUUUACAAUUGAACAGGCUAAUACAAGAAGAGGCGGAGAGAAAAGAAACGAGAGAAAAACUAAGGGUGACGCAAUCUCUGCCCAUUCCGAGUUUGGAGAAAAAGCGCGAGAUCAUAAUCACAGACGCUACAACCACGCAAGUGACUUAUGGCAAGCGAAGAGUCUCCAAAACGCAGAAUAUCACAGAGCAGGCAUUAAAACAAAGUAACUCGAGCGUGAACCAGUUGGAGGCGAACGAAUCAUCCCCAGAUGAGAGCUGGAGUGUGACCACGAGCAAGUACCCGCAGGGGGUCAUCCCGCCCAACAAAAUUACUCCCGAAGACCUGGCCAAUGAGCUCCUCUGGCUUAGGAUAGACCAGAACUAUCUCAUGGCGGAAAAGAAUAAGAUUCGAGAAAGAGAAUUAGCAGAAUCGAUAGCAAGCAGUAGUGAAGAGUACCUGAGGCACGCCGGCGACUGGAGCCCCGCUGACAGCUCAGACACGAACAGGAGUGGCUCCAGAAGAGGUUCCCCCGCGGUGUACCAGCGUAGCCUGUCGAGCACGACGCUGGAGCCGCCGGCCGCGUCGCCGCGCGCGCUGCUCAGCCUGCCGCCCGUGCGCCGCGAGCCGAGAGACCCGGCGCGCGCCCGCCCACCCACACAGCUCACUGGUGAGUGUACACACACACACACACACGACGCUGGAGCCACCGGCCGCGUCGCCGCGCGCGCUGCUCAGCCUGCCGCCCGUGCGCCGCGAGCCGAGAGACCCGGCGCGCGCCCGCCCACCCACACAGCUCACUGCCGCCGGCCGCGUCGCCGCGCGCGCUGCUCAGCCUGCCGCCCGUGCGCCGCGAGCCGAGAGACCCGGCGCGCGCCCGCCCACCCACACAGCUCACUGGUGAGUGUACACACACACACACACACGACGCUGGAGCCACCGGCCGCGUCGCCGCGCGCGCUGCUCAGCCUGCCGCCCGUGCGCCGCGAGCCGAGAGACCCGGCGCGCGCCCGCCCACCCACACAGCUCACUGGUGAGUGUACACACACACACACACACGACGCUGGAGCCGCCGGCCGCGUCGCCGCGCGCGCUGCUCAGCCUGCCGCCCGUGCGCCGCGAGCCGAGAGACCCGGCGCGCGCCCGCCCACCCACACAGCUCACUGCCACCGGCCGCGUCGCCGCGCGCGCUGCUCAGCCUGCCGCCCGUGCGCCGCGAGCCGAGAGACCCGGCGCGCGCCCGCCCACCCACACAGCUCACUGGUGAGUGUACACACACACACACACACGACGCUGGAGCCGCCGGCCGCGUCGCCGCGCGCGCUGCUCAGCCUGCCGCCCGUGCGCCGCGAGCCGAGAGACCCGGCGCGCGCCCGCCCACCCACACAGCUCACUGGUGAGUGUACACACACACACACACACGACGCUGGAGCCACCGGCCGCGUCGCCGCGCGCGCUGCUCAGCCUGCCGCCCGUGCGCCGCGAGCCGAGAGACCCGGCGCGCGCCCGCCCACCCACACAGCUCACUGCCACCGGCCGCGUCGCCGCGCGCGCUGCUCAGCCUGCCGCCCGUGCGCCGCGAGCCGAGAGACCCGGCGCGCGCCCGCCCACCCACACAGCUCACUGGUGAGUGUACACACACACACACACACGACGCUGGAGCCACCGGCCGCGUCGCCGCGCGCGCUGCUCAGCCUGCCGCCCGUGCGCCGCGAGCCGAGAGACCCGGCGCGCGCCCGCCCACCCACACAGCUCACUGUGUACACACACACACACACACACACGACGCUGGAGCCGCCGGCCGCGUCGCCGCGCGCGCUGCUCAGCCUGCCGCCCGUGCGCCGCGAGCCGAGAGACCCGGCGCGCGCCCGCCCACCCACACAGCUCACUGGUGAGUGUACACACACACACACACACACACGACGCUGGAGCCGCCGGCCGCGUCGCCGCGCGCGCUGCUCAGCCUGCCGCCCGUGCGCCGCGAGCCGAGAGACCCGGCGCGCGCCCGCCCACCCACACAGCUCACUGGUGAGUGUACACACACACACACACACGACGCUGGAGCCACCGGCCGCGUCGCCGCGCGCGCUGCUCAGCCUGCCGCCCGUGCGCCGCGAGCCGAGAGACCCGGCGCGCGCCCGCCCACCCACACAGCUCACUGGUGAGUGUACACACACACACACACACGACGCUGGAGCCACCGGCCGCGUCGCCGCGCGCGCUGCUCAGCCUGCCGCCCGUGCGCCGCGAGCCGAGAGACCCGGCGCGCGCCCGCCCACCCACACAGCUCACUGCCACCGGCCGCGUCGCCGCGCGCGCUGCUCAGCCUGCCGCCCGUGCGCCGCGAGCCGAGAGACCCGGCGCGCGCCCGCCCACCCACACAGCUCACUGGUGAGUGUACACACACACACACACACGACGCUGGAGCCACCGGCCGCGUCGCCGCGCGCGCUGCUCAGCCUGCCGCCCGUGCGCCGCGAGCCGAGAGACCCGGCGCGCGCCCGCCCACCCACACAGCUCACUGGUGAGUGUACACACACACACACACACGACGCUGGAGCCGCCGGCCGCGUCGCCGCGCGCGCUGCUCAGCCUGCCGCCCGUGCGCCGCGAGCCGAGAGACCCGGCGCGCGCCCGCCCACCCACACAGCUCACUGCCACCGGCCGCGUCGCCGCGCGCGCUGCUCAGCCUGCCGCCCGUGCGCCGCGAGCCGAGAGACCCGGCGCGCGCCCGCCCACCCACACAGCUCACUGGUGAGUGUACACACACACACACACACGACGCUGGAGCCACCGGCCGCGUCGCCGCGCGCGCUGCUCAGCCUGCCGCCCGUGCGCCGCGAGCCGAGAGACCCGGCGCGCGCCCGCCCACCCACACAGCUCACUGCGUGCUCCACGCUCCAGCGGUCGGCGGAGGCGGAGGCGGAGGCGGAGGCGGCGGCGGAGCGCGGGCCGCCCGCCGUGCCCGCGCGCGCGGCCCGCCGCUCGCCGCGCCGCGCGCCCGACCUGCCCGACGCGGACCACAACGACCACCACGACAUCAAGCGGGCGGCGUCAGAGAUGAUGGGUCCGCUGCUGGAGGCGCCGGGGCUGCGCACGCGCACGGCGGCGCGGCGCCGCAACUCCGACCCCGAGCCGCGCGUCGCCGACCCGCGCGACACCGACUACAUCGGACAGACCACCAACGGCCUCUUCCGGAUAGCGGGACACAGGUUUCGAAAAGGCACCCGGUUCGCGAAAGGCGACAAAUGCGUGUACUGCCACCAGGCGAUCGACGCGUUCGUGACGCAGGGCCAGCGCUGCAUCGACUGCAAGCAGCUGUACCACACCAAGUGCAUCCAGAACAAGGGCGUCAUCACCAUGCCCUGCUCCAGCCCCGUCGCCGCGCCCGGCCGCGGCAGGCACAAAUACAGGUAGGGCUGAGUUGUUCGUGACGCAGGGCCAGCGCUGCAUCGACUGCAAGCAGCUGUACCACACCAAGUGCAUCCAGAACAAGGGCGUCAUCACCAUGCCCUGCUCCAGCCCCGUCGCCGCGCCCGGCCGCGGCAGGCACAAAUACAGGUAGGGCUGAGUUGUUCGUGACGCAGGGCCAGCGCUGCAUCGACUGCAAGCAGCUGUACCACACCAAGUGCAUCCAGAACAAGGGCGUCAUCACCAUGCCCUGCUCCAGCCCCGUCGCCGCGCCCGGCCGCGGCAGGCACAAAUACAGGUAGGGCUGAGUUGUUCGUGACGCAGGGCCAGCGCUGCAUCGACUGCAAGCAGCUGUACCACACCAAGUGCAUCCAGAACAAGGGCGUCAUCACCAUGCCCUGCUCCAGCCCCGUCGCCGCGCCCGGCCGCGGCAGGCACAAAUACAGGAAACCACACAUGGGCGCUGACCACAAGAGUUCGUGCUCGACGAACUUCAACCUGACCGGCACGUCCGAGUUCAUGGAUCGCACGGACAAGAUCAUCUCGGACGCCAACGAGCUGCACGCCAUGCAGAACUUCAUCACCAAGAAGAUCUUCCAGAUGGAGUCGAGCGAAAAUGAGAAGCAAUCUGAGGUGGACAGGGUAUUCAAGCACGCGCUACGCGAGUUCAAAGACAACCUAGUAGCGACGUACAGCGUGGUGGAGACGCGCGGCUCCGCGCUCAAGUACAAGGACCUGAUCGGGAACUUCCUGCACGUGAUGGAGACGGUGUGCGCGCGCGAGGGCUCCACGCUGUCCAUCACCAUGGGCGUCAACGCCUUCCGCGGGUUCAUGGACGAGUUCAUGAGCCAGCACGACGUUGACAAGGGGAGGACCAAGCGGAAAAAGGAUAAGAAGAGAAAAGUGGACGAUCCAAUACAGUACAAAGGGCAUACGUUUAUUCUCUCAAUGAUAAACAUUCCUACGGAGUGCGAGAUCUGCAAGACAUUCUUCAUGUGGCCCAUCGAGCGGUCGCUCAUUUGCCAGACGUGUAGGCUCGCGUCACACAAGAAAUGCUAUAUGAAGGUGUUGCAGUGCCGCAAGGAGGCGGGCGCGGCGUCGGCGGCCAUCGUGGGCGCCGUGGACGCGGGCGGCCGUGAGCAGCUCGGCGUCUGCAAGCGGGGAAAGGUAGUGGUUGUGUGGCAGGUGGUGCAGUGCCGCAAGGAGGCGGGCGCGGCGUCGGCGGCCAUCGUGGGCGCCGUGGACGCGGGCGGCCGUGAGCAGCUCGGCGUCUGCAAGCGGGGAAAGGUAGUGGUUGUGUGGCAGGUGGUGCAGUGCCGCAAGGAGGCGGGCGCGGCGUCGGCGGCCAUCGUGGGCGCCGUGGACGCGGGCGGCCGUGAGCAGCUCGGCGUCUGCAAGCGGGGAAAGGUAGUGGUUGUGUGGCAGGUGUUGCAGUGCCGCAAGGAGGCGGGCGCGGCGUCGGCGGCCAUCGUGGGCGCCGUGGACGCGGGCGGCCGUGAGCAGCUCGGCGUCUGCAAGCGGGGAAAGGUAGUGGUUGUGUGGCAGGUGGUGCAGUGCCGCAAGGAGGCGGGCGCGGCGUCGGCGGCCAUCGUGGGCGCCGUGGACGCGGGCGGCCGUGAGCAGCUCGGCGUCUGCAAGCGGGGAAAGGUAGUGGUUGUGUGGCAGGUGGUGCAGUGCCGCAAGGAGGCGGGCGCGGCGUCGGCGGCCAUCGUGGGCGCCGUGGACGCGGGCGGCCGUGAGCAGCUCGGCGUCUGCAAGCGGGGAAAGGUGUUCGGUGUCCCUCUAAGCGAGCUGCCGACGGGCGAGAGCAACAUCCCGAUAGUGGUGGACCGCCUCAUAACUACCAUCGAGAUGACCGGCCUCUACACCGAGGGGCUCUACAGGAAAAGCGGACUCAGCUCCAAGGUGCGCGAGCUGCGGCGCCUGCUGGACGAGCGGCCCGAGGAGGGCGUGGAGCGGCUGGACCUGUACGCCGUGCACGUGCGCGCCUCCGUGCUCAAGGGCUUCUUCCGCGACCUGCCCGAGCCGCUGCUCACCUUCGACCUGUACGACGACUUCAUCAUCGCGGCCGACAUCUCCGACCCCGCGGAACGAGUAUCCAGUAUAUUUACGAUUCUAAGGAAGCUACCCAAGCCCAAUUUCGACCUGGUGGAGAGGCUAAUAUUCCACUUAGCGAGGGUAGCUUUAGGGGAAGAAAAUAACAGAAUGGGCCCCAACGCGCUGGCGAUCGUGUUCGCGCCGUGCAUCCUGCGCACGCACAAGGUGCAGCCCGCGCAGGACUCGCUGCACGACAUCGCGCGCCAGACCGCCUGCCUCGAGGCCAUCCUGUCCGACAAGAUCCGCACCGUCCGCGGCAUGCUGCAAGACAUCGCGACGCUGGACACGGCGUGCCACACGGCCACGGACCGGCUGUCGUCCCUGCGCAGCGCGCAGCCCGGGGAGCGCCGCGAGGAGCGCCUGCUGGUCGGACACAUCUGCGAGAUACAGAAGGAGAAGGCCAUACUCACCUCCAACCUGCCUACGCUUAUCAGGGCGACGUCGGACGACGACCUGCUGUCGGCCACGGAGCAGGACGGCGAGUUCGGCAGCACGGACGACCUGAGCGGGCUGGCGGCGGCGGCGCGCUCGCAGCGCCUGCUGCACCGCCAGCUCUCCUCCGACGACCCCAUCAUGGUGUAGCAGCGGCGCCCCGGUGCAAGGUGUGCCGGCGUCUGUCCGACUCCGGACUCAGUCCGUGCUGCACGUGAGAUUACCCAACUCUCAGCUAGAUGCACAUGAGCGUCGUAAUACCGCCUCUUGCCCGCGCGUGCCGCUUUUAUGACAAAUAAAUAGUGAACCUGCCGCUACAACGAGAGGCGAGAGCUGCCGGGUUACUUUUAGGUAAAUAUUUAGAAAACUACUUAUUUGAAGAACGACAGGACACUGACCUCUCUAUUGUAUUGAGAAUGUACUUCUUAAUGUCCGGCGACCUUAAUGUCGUUACAUUGCAAUGACAAAAAAACUGUUCUUCCUAUUGGUUAUUAUAUUAUUCUAUAAAAUGGGGUGACUUUACAAAAGACCGCAAUACUUGAUAGAGACAAAUUAGAUCUGCUUUAGAAAAUUAUUAUUAUUAAUCCACUGGAUCAAUUUGAAUAAGAAGUUUAUUGGUAAAAAUUUACUUUACUGGUGCUGAAAAAAAAAUUGUGUCCUAAUAUUAAUUGUAUCAGUCAGCCCAUUUUAUGGUAAAAUUAGUAUCAAGCUCUAUAAGAAUAACCCUAAAAAAGGAUGGAGCUAUAAAACUAUUCUGAAAACUCGAGUUUUCAAGCUACUCGCCAUUAUAAACUUGUUUUAGGGGCUUUAUGGUGCAAAAAGCAAUCUUUUCUUUAGUUGUAGGGGUUGACGCCCAAAAGUCUGAAAGUUUGAAAUGAAGCCUAUUAGGAGGUUGUGUACAAAACUCAUCCGACCAGUUGCAUCGAUAUUCUUGCCGUGGUACCUUACGCUAUGGUAAGGAGAUGUGUUAGUCAUUAGUGUUGAUGUUUACUCGUACGGUGAAAUGUGAUCAUUGUGUCUUUAUUACGUUAAUGUUCAAAGGCCGUUCAGGUCCUGAACGGACACGCCAUUUUCGUUCCUCGGUUUGUUAUUGUUGACAUGAGAAUGUCUUCAUGUUUGGUUCUGUUAUUCCUACAAGAUGUUGAUGUUUCCCUCGUUAUUGAAGUUACUAUAUUCUUGCCAGUAGUCGAGCCACGAGCAGUCACGACCGUGGCCGAAGGCAAUCUAGACGAGUACUUAAAUAGUUAUAGUGAUCUCAUACAAUAAUUUAAAAGUGUAUGGUACAACUUUAACAUUCCGAUGUGCAUUGACCACACGCGAAACAUUCCAAAUUUUACAUAUUAAAGAUUUGAGGCGAAAUGUGUCCUUCCAGAUAACUAAGUGGAAGAAAACGAAUUAAUAGUUUGUCUCCGGCCGGCAGCGAGCUGAGCUCUGCGGUGAACGUUCUUGAGUAAUUCCUUUUUUUUUACAAAUCUGUUUCAGAACUUUAAACAUGCAUUGAGGGUUUUGUUCUUCAAAAUCGUUGCCAGAUUUGAAGAACAAACACACUAAAACAACAAAUACUAAUAAAAAAAAUGAAAAACCAUUUUUAAAACGCCGAGUUCACUCGCGUCGUCGACUGCCCUUGUGUCGCUGCGACUGCAUUAGAAAGAGCUUACUCGGGGCGGUGCACACGUCGUCCUGCGCGUGUCCCAAUAAUAAUUAUGAAAAGUAUUUUUCAUACAAAUUUUAUCUUUGCACCGACAUUAUAUUUUAAGAUAUAUUUUCUGUCUGUACAUAUGUAAACCUUUAUCGAUUAGCAAUAUUGAUUUAUAGUUCGAUGCGAGUAUGUUGGGAAAUGUUAAAUUGAGAUUUUUCUUUAUUUAGGCGAUAGUAUUUCGAUUGUGAUUUAAAUUCCGCAAUCGUUAGAAGAAAUAACUAUUUUUAUCAAAUAUUACAAUCACUAUAUUUUUCCACUCUAAAACUUUUUUUAACUGUGCUGUUUCCAUUUUUAACAUGAUCAUGCUUAAUUAUAUUAGCCGUUUUAUUUUUUCUAUACUUCCGCCAUGACAUAUGCAGUCAGGUUGCCAUAUACGACUACACAAACAGAUUACAAUAACUAGUAAAUGUACCUACUUCGCUUUAUACUUUUAAUUUGGCUUCAUUAUCUAAAGACUGUCUAUUAAUAAGCUAUUGAAUUUACUAUUAAGUCACAAAUGUUUUACCUGCUUUCUUAUAUUACUUAGUCAACUAUUAUACAACGAAUAUCUAAGAAAUUUAUCAUUUAACUAUAUUUAUAUAUUCAUGUUGUACCUUUGACAGAGACAAGGACAAGGUAUGUCGCUCAAUUAUAUUCAGGAUGGCGCUUUUUAUUAAGUUUAAUUUGCAUCGGUAAUACAACGUUUAUUAUGCCAUAAUAUCCGAAGAAUCAAUAAGAAUCUCAAAAGGGCAAUGACUUAUUUAUAAAUUAGUACAAAUUUAUUCUUCAGACACUUGUUAUGUUAAAAAUUAAGUGCAAAGCAUUGGGGUUCUACGUUGCCACUGCCAGGGCGACGCCGACGAAAUUGCGUGUAUUUUCUGUGCCUUUUAUAUUUUGUGAGAAUUGCAAUCAUUGGCGUGUGUUUUAUUGUUGGUGCUUGCUGUGGUGUCGAUACUCCCAGUAAAAUUCUAUUUUAUCGCUACCCUGUUAUUAUGUUUCAUUUCUAGGUAUUUUGUAGGAUUCCCCAAUUUUCAAAGUACCUUGAGCAAUGGGAACAUACUCUACUCAUAGGUCAUUUUAACAUAAGUUAUGCGUUUUGUAUAGAGUUUAACUGUACGAUUAAAACCUAUGGACACUUUAGAAGUGUGUGUAAAUUAAGUUUCUUUUAGCAUUUUAUAAUUAUGUAAAUAUUUUUAUUCGUUUUAAAACGAUUUUAGCAAAGUACCACAUUUUAUCUAAGAAACUGCUAAAACUCUUUAUUACGUAAACAAUUUAGUUUCUAAAAGUGCCUAUCAAUUUUAUUGUUUCAUAAUUAUGUAUAUGCCCUUCAGGUGCCUAUAAAAAAAAUAGCAAAAUGAAAUUUUUAUCAGAAUAUAGUAAUUAACGAAUGUAUUGAGGUGGCCUGUUUGGAGGCGUUACGUUACGUCGUUGUUGAUCCUGUUACUGUUGCUGUGGUACUACGUAUGGUAUGGCCUGUCAAUCAAUGUCUACUACCAACUUAUCAUGUACACUAUCAUGUCUAAUGUAAAUUUAACACGCUUUGGCCAUUCUAUCGUGUCUAUCGCUUGCGGCAAAUAGCAUUCUAUAUAUUUAAACAAAUAUUUGACAUGAUAUUACUUUGAUAUUUUACCAAUUACUAAAUAUGAUCUAGAGAUGUUUGUUUAGUAUGAUUAGUGUGCUAAGGACCAAUACUAUGCCGUUCAAGUUUGGUUAGAUCAUAUAUCUGUAUGCUAUUUGACUGUGAACACCCUAUGUAAUUGUUAAUCUUGUAAUAUACUAAUAACAUGUAUAUUGUUCAAUUUAUUGUUAGGGAUCCUAUAAUGUGUCAAUAUAAUGAAAUGUAACCAAAAUGUUAUACUGUAUACAAACUAUGAAAAAAUAAAAAUUGCUGUGGAA